UGUUUUGUACGUUUCUACAUACUGAUCCGAGGAUCAGCUGGAAAGCAGCAAUAAACAGGAAAAUCUGCAGCAAAGGGAAAAAAAGAAAAGAGGAGGAAGACGCUGCAGAUGUAAUAAAAAAGAAACAUCAGUGUAAAUUUCUUACACGAAGCCCUUCUUCUGAGAAGAAAGCCUUUUUAUUUUUGUAUAUUAGUGUUUUAACUACCUCACAUAAAGGCUAUAUCUAAAGCUAUGCUUUAAGAGCUGUCCUUUCUACUGUGUUUUCACACCUCGUUUACAACUUGAACUCAAAGGCGGGCCUUUGUUCCAAACCAAGUGAAACCUUACAUUUGCACUACUGAAGUCCCUCCCGCUUUGAUUUGUCAAAUUCAAGAUCAAGCACAGGGCUUAAGUGGAAACAAGAACUUCAGGCAGAAGAUCAGCAUUACAAAACCGCUAUUACACCGAUAGAAAUAAAACAGAAAAGGCAGCUAUUGCAUAUUAUUUCUUUUUGGAGAGCUCAUAGCACAUCCCAGACAGCAACACUUGACAAUACAAGCAGCAAUGUUUCAGCGUCUGAGCAACUUGUUGUUUGGGGAGGUGGAAGAGGUGGCAGCUGAUCUGAAGGGACCCAAUCCAUGUGUCACCGAGGCCGACGAGGAGGGCUGGAUGCUCGUCAACCUGCCCGACUGUGACAGCAUGAUGCAGGUAGAGGAUGAGAUGGGAACCCCACACACUGCGCAAGCCUUACCUCAGAGUAAACUAUCAGAUCACCGAAACACACAAAGAAGUACUGAUUGCCCAGCCUCCACACCCCAUCUGCCUCAUAAGCGUCGUAGACCACAUAAAGGACAGACACGGGGUCCAGCAGUCCCAUCGGAGGCCCUGUCUUGUCCCAGCGCUAGUCCACCACAUUUAGGUGCCACCACGCCUGUGAGUCUACCGAGACGGGCCAGACUGUCCACGCCCUCCUCCACCCCGUCAAUAUCUCCAGGCUCUGGGAGCGAUUGUGGGGGCAGUAGGUCAGGCUCAGAGAGAGGCUGCAUGGAUGAGAGCUGGUUUGUCACCCCUCCCCCCUGUUUCACUGCAGAAGGAGCCACGGCGGAGACCAGCCCCAUGGAGGACCUGCUCAUAGAACAUCCCAGCAUGUCGGUUUACGUUUCCCCCAACAACAUGUCCAUGCUCUCCAGCAGCAACCUGUCUGUGGUUGGGGAGGAGAGCAUAGUCAGCCUAGCGAGCAGUGCCAGCAGAGUGACUGAACCAGCAGCUCCCCCUGCUACACGUGGCACCAUGCCCACCAGGGUGAGUCGUGGAGCAGCUGCACAGGCUGGGGCUUUGGCCAAGGUCACCCAGGUGGCCAGGGUCCAGCGUUACAAAGCUCGCAUGGAGCGGCGCCACCUGAGCCGCAGCCACAUUCAGCGACAGAACCGUGUGAGGGAGCAGGUCCCUCGUCAUGCUUCACACGCAAGAAACACCUACCUUCACCAGCCCAGCAAGCGUAACUUCUGUCACUAAGCUCAACAUCAAAAAUGAGAGGGGGGCUUCAUUUACUCUGGGGGCAUUCAUAGUGCAGAGUCAAACAUAGUUAAACAUGUCCACCCACAGCAUUGUCAGCUUCCAUUUUCACUAAUAAUGUCAGUUUUUACGUUUCUAAAGAGGUCUAGGGAGUCUGUUUGUUUCAGCACAAACUGACUCCAUUUUCACCCAGCCUGCACCUUCUUAAUGUAGACCUUUACAGACCAUAAUAACAGCCCCCUUAUUGUCCACCAGAAUAAGAAAAAAAUAAAAGAGUAAUUUUUCGAGCUACAUGUAGUUAUAUUAACACUUGGAGAAUAGCAAUAGUUGAGUUGUAUUCAUUUUCUUUAACAUUUUAAAAACAUAUGACUCACCCAAAAAAUAUACAACUGUGGUGUCAUCACAUGGAAUAAAAAAAAGACCAAAACAGCCACUUUCUUUAUACCCCAACUGGACAGUAUGUUUGCAAAUCUACAAAAAAGGAUGAGGGUUUUAAUUCUUUUAGUUUUACUCAGAAAACACAGUAGAAAAAAUGCAAGAAGGAUAGAAGAAUAAGCUCAAGUUGGUUUCCUUGCAAAGUUGCUUAACUAAAAAAAGCGUUUCACCAGAGGAAACAACAAGCUCUCUUCUUUGCCUUGUGCAGAAUGCAACAGCAUGUAGGAGAUUGUGAAAGAAUGUGCAAAACAGACUAAAGAGUAAAAUAAUCUCUCAG